UGCGUUUUAACGGGCAUGCGCGUGAAGUUGAGUUGCCAUGGAAACGGAGGGUCACCGGUGCAGACAGCAAAACUCCGACUCUCCCUGUUUUCACUGCUUUCAGGUGUGUCUGGUGCAGAGAUGGUGACCGUGAUGGAGGGAGAUUCUGUCACUCUACACACCAAUCUUUCUGAAAUACUGAACGAUGAUACGAUACUGUGGCUGUUUGCAUCUAAAGACUCUCUCAUAUCUCAAAUAACGAGAAAGGAAGGCUUGAACUCAAUUUAUUUCACAGAUGAUGAGAGAUUCAGACACAGAUUGCAGGUGGACCAAAACACUGGAUCUCUCACAGUCAGAAACAUCAGAAUCAGACACUCGGGACAAUAUAAACUCUCCAUCUCUAGAGAAAUAAAUACCAUAAAGAUAUUUCACGUUACUGUCUUAGGUGUGGCUAAUAGGACGGAUGAAGUGAAGUCCAUUUCAGUGAAGGAGGGAAAGUCUGUCUCUCUAAACAUUUAUACUGAUAUACGCCCAGAUGAUCUGAUCUUGUGGAGGUUUGGAGAUCAAGGCAUCCUGCUGGCUAAAAUUGAUGUAGAAACGAAUGAGACCUCAUUAAACGAUGAUGAUGAGAGAUUCAGAGACCGACUGAAGAUAGAUCAUCAGACUGGAUCUCUGACCAUCACAAACACCAGAACCGAACACGCUGGACUUUAUGAACUUCAGAUCAGAGGCAGUGAGAGCUCAAAGAGAUUCCUUCUUUCUGUCAACGCUGGUGCAGCUCUGGCUCUGUCUCCGGGUGGAAUAGUAGGAAUAACGUUUGCUGUUCUGCUGGUUCUGGUUGUAAUCGUGAUUUACUUUCGGUGGAAGAUCUCUAAACUUCAAGAACAAGUGUUGUCCGAGAACAAGAAAGUGGAGGAGGGAGAAUCUCUCUGUUUGCCCACUGGUGUUCCUGAACUACACAAAGAUUACUGUAUGCAGUGGUAUUAUAAAGAUCAAAGUAAAGACAUUCUCAUAGCUGAAAUCAAUAACGAGACCCAUAAAUAUAAUGUUGUUGAUGAGAGAUUCAAGAACAAACUGACACUGAAUCCUAAGACCGGAGAUCUCACCAUCAAUAACAUCAAAAUCCUUCACGCUGGACUCUAUAGACUCAAGUUCAAGAGCAAAAUGAGAACCAAACACAACAGUUUCAUGGUUAUGGUGACUGCCAACACGAAAUUAGAGGCUGAGGGAAAUAAUGUCCCUCUCAUGACUGGUGUUACUACUAUCAAGCCAGGUGAUCUGAUACUGUGGACGUUUGGACUCAAAAACUGCCUCAUUGCUACAGUUGAAUCAAGUACAUCUUAUAUUGUUGAGAGAUUCAGAGAACGACUGGAGCUGGAUCCUCAGACUGGAUCUCUGACCAUCACAAACAUCUCAAACACAGAAUAUGGACACUAUAAACUACAGAUCAUCAACAAAGAACAGACCACAUUCAGGAGAUUCAUUGUGCUCGAGCCUGCUGAGCCAAAAUCUGAGGCUAAGGGAAACAAUGUCCUCCUCAAGACUGGUGUUACUACUAUCAAGCCAGGUGAUCUGAUAUUGUGGAUGUUUGGAGCCAAAAACUUUUUCAUUGCUAGAGCUGAUUCAAAUAAAACUGCUAUUUCUGAGAGAUUCAAAGACAGAGUGCAGCUGGAUCCUCAGACUGGAUCUCUGACCAUCACAAACAUCUCAAACAGAGAAUACGGACACUAUAAAGUACAGAUCAUCAACGAAGAAAAGACCACAUUCAGGAGAUUCAAUGUGUUCGACCCUGAUCCAGAAACCCAAGGAGAUGAAAAUACAGCUUUAAUGAGUCGCAAGAAUGAUUUACUCAUGCUGCAGGACAUAAGUUAAUGAGAUAAGACACACCCACCCAUGCUUUUCAGUGACGUCACAAAACAAUUGAUGCAUAAUAGGCAACAGAACAGAGAACAUUGAUCUGUUGAUAAUUAGCUGUGCAAGGCAAUUCUAUAAUGAAGUGUAUUACUGAAUAUAAGAUCACAUAUAUUUUGAUAUAUCUGUAAAUAUAUUAUCAGAUAUCUUCCAUUAUAUAAAGAGCAUCAAUUCCUUAUGUAUUAUUCAAUAUAUUGUACUAUAACACAAUGUAUUAUUCUGUAUUAUAUGUGUUCUUCUCGUAAGGGUUACAACAGCAGUGUUUCUGUAUCAAGAUCAUUUUUGAUGUUAAGCUUUGUUUCUGAAAGCCAAAAUAUUACCCUUUCGCUAAAGUGGACAGCUAUUUAAGCAUUUUCUUGAAUGUGCAAGGGUUUUGAUGGCAAAGUUGCACAUAAAUCUGUUCAUUGGACCCUGGUGUAUCAUUCUAUGCAUUGCAACCAAGUCGUAAGGCAUUGUGUUUUUAUGUUUUCCCCCUUCAAAUCAAGAUGGCCAGUGGUCAAAAAAAAAAAAAGUAUUGCAGCAUCAAGCAGUAUCUAAUGUGUCAUAUGAUAUCACAGUACAAUUUUCCACAAUUUUUUGAUUUUAGAUUGGGAGAAAAAUCUGAUUAAUCAUCUGUCCACUAUAGUGGACCUCAUGCAUCAAUGGCUAUAUUUUAGCUACAAUUCAUACUUAUAUUGUGAAUAGUUUUUUUUUUUUACUUAAUCUGCACUUUUAAAUAAAUGCAUUUGUAUUUUUAGAAUGUAAUUUUCAUUGACAUCUAAAAAAGUUAUGUAAUUACUUUUUUGGAUGAAAUGAGUAAUGCAUUACGAGUCACAAAUAAUGUAAUCUAAUUAUGUAUUGCAUUACUUCUUAGAUCAACAAAAGUAUUUGUUUACAUAAUCAAUGUUGCUUGUAAUGUGUUGCAUUUAAUAUACUUAAUCUGCAAUGUUACAACUCAGUGUGCAGGGAAGUUGACUUUUUUUUAAAUAAAUGCAUUUGUAUUUUUAG